AUGGCUUCUGGUCUGAGGGCGCCAGCGUUCAUCCUGCUCCUGGUAUUCUUGGGGGUCUUCGCAGCCACAGAAGCGAGCAGCAUCCCUGCGUCUGCGGAUGUUUUGCUCUCUGGGAUUUCUGGCGGCCGCUGCAACGGCUCGAUCGCGGAGUGCCUUGGCGGAGGCGAGUUCGAGAUGGGUUCCGAGGUGAGCAGGAGGAUCCUGCAGUCCAACAACUACAUAAGCAACCGCGCCGUGACACGGAACAAUCGACCGGCGUCUUCUUCGGCAAGUUCAGGCCAACGCUACACCUCUGGUUGCAGCACCUACAAUAGAUGCAAGCGGUAA